AUGGACUCGACCAUACCCCCCUCUUCCACUCCUACCGACAAGAAGCGCAACAAGCUGGGCUACCAUCGCACGUCUGUCGCAUGCGUGCACUGUCGCCGUCGCAAGAUCCGCUGUCUAGUUGCCGCCGAUGAUGCCCAAGGUCGCUGCGAAAACUGUAUCCGUUUGCGCAAAGAAUGCCAGUUCUUCCCAGUCGAUCAGCAGCCUCCGGUAGAAAAGAAAACCCGUCCUAAUUCGCGGCUCGACUCCUCUGCUUCCACCGACCCCUCCACGGCCUCUUCCUCGCCUCCGAUUGUCAGCGGUCCUCUCGAUCAGCAGCAACCACAGCAACAGCAACCAGAAACAUUCUUUUACCAACCGAUGCCGUUGAAUGCUGCUCCAAAUGUCCAUGGAAUCCCACCAAAUGCGCCUUUCCCCGGGAACAUGCCGCAGUUUGCGCCAGGUAGGCUUUGCGAAUUCACAUCCGCUUCUCUCGAAUCCCCCGUCCCCUGGGAUGAAUUCACCACGGUCCCCAAUGAUCCCCAAAUGCUAGCGACGCUCAACGCCGCAAAACCACAAUCCGCCAUGAUCGAUCUCAGCCCUACCAGCGUCUGGAGUGGCGACAUGAGCUCGAUCCCCUCCAACGCCUCGCUUCAGACUACCCCCACCGUCCCCUCGCAGCAACCCGCUCAGGCCCUUGACAUCGCAAACACCCCCGCGCAAACAUUCACCAUGCCAGACGGCACGGUCUGGCAAGUCCCUCCACAACCGACACGGUCCAUGACAUUCCCCGCACAGCCCGACAUGGCAGCAUCAUAUCCACCACCUCCUGUUCCUCCAACUUCAACACCGAAUCAGUUUGCACCACCAAUGGACCCCGAUCCAAAACACAGUGCAUCCCCUGCAGCAGAUCCAAUGCAGACCAUGACCAUGUCCAUGUCAUAUCCCGGCACACAGGUCUCCAACCCCAUAGGUUACCCAGUAUGGCCAGACGCAAGUGGAAUGGCCGGAAUGAAUGUCGUCCCCUACCCGGUCUUCACCCCAGAGGCACCGCAGCAGGGGACACCAUUCGGGAGUCCACCAAUGGGACAUGGACAUCCAGGACACUCGCCUCAGGGGUAA